AAAGAAGCACCAUUGUUGAACAAUACAGAAAUAACAAAAGGAACAUUUUAUUAACAAACCAGAUGGCUAAACAGUUGGUUGUAGUAUUUAUCUGUUUCUUGGCCUAUUUCCAGUUGGGCCAAAAAGUAGCGGCCGAAAAUGAAGUGGAAAAAGUUUUUAAGGACAAUGAAAUAAUACCCGAUGUAAUACAAGAAGCUCCCAAGGAAUUUUUAAAGGUGUCAUAUGACAACGGUUUGGAAGUUGACAAAGGCAAUGAAUUGACACCAACACAGGUAAAGCUACAACCCAAAGUAGAAUGGCUGGCUCAAUCUGAUAAAUACUACACCCUUAUAAUGACCGACCCUGAUGCUCCCAGUCGUGCUAAUCCCAAAGUUAGAGAAUUCCGUCACUGGUUGGUGGCCAAUAUACCAGGCAAUAAAAUUGAUCAAGGCGAGGUAGUAGCGGCCUACGUGGGUUCAGGACCACCCAAAGACACUGGUCUUCAUCGCUAUAUUUUUUUGUUGUAUAAGCAAGCAGGCAAAAUUAACAUUGAUGAGCCUCUGGUGGCCAAUAAUUCACGCCGUAAUAGACCCAACUUUAAGGCAGCUAAAUUUGCUGAAAAAUACAAUUUGGGUGCUCCCCUGGCUGGUAAUUUCUAUCAGGCUCAGUACGAUGAUUAUGUACCCAUCUUGCAUGCCCAAUUAUCUGAGGACAAUUAAAGUAAUAACCUCUGUAUUUUAUUAAAAUUUUUUAAAAUAAAAAUUUAUUCAUAUUUUUACACAAAGUAAAUGGAAAAAACUAAUAUAAAAA